AUGUUUGCCAACCCUCAAUUAAAACCCGCUCGCGACGUCGCUGGCGACGUCGGCGACGACUACUUCAGCCGCCGCCCUCGUCUCCGUCUCCGGGUCGGCGACGACCACUGCGCCCGCCUCGAGCCGCUGCUGCCUCCGUUACCACUGUCGGAAGUGCCGUCGUUGGCGCUGCCCGAGCUGGCGCUGCCGCCGCUGCCCCUCGCCGACGAUGCCCACUUCCCGCGCACAGCGCCGACGCGGAUGCUGCUGGCGCCGCUGAUCUUGGACCUGGUGCCCCAGUACUCCCCUUUGGAAGACAACCUCGACUUGGACCACUGCUUUUUUCCCCUCAACUACACCAAUUUUUCGUUUUUGAUCGUUGACGACAACAUCAUCAACGUCAAGGUGCUCACCAAGCUCAUCCACAAGUUGUACCCGAAUGCGCACAUCAUCCUGACGGUGAACCUGACCCAGGUGCCGCAGAUGCUCUUGGAGAACCACGUCGACUGUGUGUUUAUGGACAUCGACAUGCCUGUGAUCACCGGGAUCGACUUGGCGCUGAUGAUCCGCGCCCACCCGGCGUACAACAGGAUGGCGGUGAUCGCCGUCACCACGAGAACGCUGGCACGCGACCUCGCCCGCUACGACGAGGUCGGCAUCGACGCCACCAUCAGCAAGCCCAUCCGCUUGCCUUACGACGCCACCAUGGACCGCAUCGACCGCGCGAUCCUGGCGAGACAAUGA